GAUCUUGACCAUCCCUAGCUUGAAAUUUAGCGUCCUAUUGCAUGCAAGUCGAAAUAGAUAAAAAAAAAAUAACAGAACAUUCAUGUUUUCCAAGAGAAAAACUUGAUUGUGGCCAUAUAGAAGUAAAACGGACAGCGACGGUGUCGCAGAAGUCGAGAGCGCCGUGGAUCCGGAAAUAUACUCAUCGGACAGCACGGAAUCCGAACAUUCUGCUGCGAGAAGGCGGAAUUCAGACAUUCUGUUGCAAGGAAUGGAUCCGGAAGCUUAUGACGAUGAGACCUCUACAAAUGAUAGCUCUACAGAUGAUGAGGCAAUCCUCAAUCCAGUUGAAGGUCAUCAGCCGGCGGUUGAGAUUGAUGUACAACGUGACGAGCCUGGUGAGAACGCGGAGCCCGAGCAACCGACAGUUCCGCCUCUAAUUCUAGUAGAUCCUCCGCAUAUGCCCAGUCCCCCGAGAAAUUCCCGCCGCAACCAAGGUGAAGAGCAGGAGGUGAUCUCAUUGGAAACGCCAUCACCGCCCAAGAAACGUAAACGUAUCUCCGCUGCUGCUGAUAAAAGCCUUAAAGAGUCGCCCGAGGGCAAACCGAUAGUUGCAGAUGACGAGGACGAUGGCCUGACCUGUCCCAUUUGUCUUGAUUCCUGGGAGAUGAGUGGAGAGCAUCGACUGGUCUCGCUGCGAUGUGGUCACCUCUUUGGAGAAAGUUGCAUUCGGCGAUGGUUAAACGAAAGUCAACGCCAAUCUUCUGUAAAGGUGUGCCCGCAGUGCAAGACGAAGGCCACAUUUAGAGAUAUCCGUCAUCUGUAUGCGAAGCGCAUUCAGAUGCUGGACACGGAUAUUAAGGAGCAGUUGGAGGCGGAGCGGCGGCGUACCCAUACUCUAACAACAGAGCUGGCUACCGCGAAGCUGGCUCACACGCUAGCCAACGAGAAGCUGAUUCUGCUGCAGAAGGACUACGCACGGCUUAAGGAGAUGGUGAGGGCAGGUGGUGGGCGUGGAGCCUUCGGAGGCGAUGCAUCCGGCCAGAAGAGCAUUCAACAAUUGCCUACAUACCGAUUGUACAUGGAGAAGAACUUCGAGAUAACUCGAGAACCCGGGUGCCGUGUAUUGCUCUAUUCCGCCAAGCACUCCAUGCUGGUGGCAUCGCAAAAGAGUGCCCAAAACCUGUUUCCCGGCUACGGCGUACGCUUCAUUGAUCCGCCUACCUUCAAGCCCCUGCACUUCCUGCACACCUCGGCACUUCUAAUCCGGGACAUUGCAUUUAGCGACUCACAGAACUUGCUCACUGUGGCAAGUCGAGAACAAAAGAUCAAGAUAUUCGACAUUAGAACACGGCUUUGCUCGUCUAUGUUUACCGCUCAUGAUAAGAUGCUGUGGUCCUGCGCCCUGGAUCGCAACGAGCGGGAACACUUUCUAUACGGCGGAGAUCUGCGAGGUGGAGUUUAUAUCUACGAUUUGCGUUUUCCCGAGAACAUUCUCUGCGAGUUCCAAGCCGAAGUGAACCUAAGUCCUGUGAUACACAUAGCUCCUGUGCAACCAAAUAAGAUUUUUACUAGCGGUGGCUUCCUGGUCUGCCAACUGACGGCCCUUACAUUCUACGAGUACGCUGCGGCCAGUGAUACGGCUGUGCCCACUCGGCUAAAUGUGGAGGGACCCUUUCUGUCCAUGCAAUACGAUGCCGUGCAGGACACGGUGCUCAUAUCGGCCCGAUCCAAUCCGAAUUACCCCCAGUCUCGCUUCAUACUUGGUCGAAUGGACAAGAUUGACGGAACGCCGGUGCUGAAGGUCAAGGCCACCAUAUAUGGAUCGAAGGCCACACCGGUUAUGACGCGACCGACCCAACUGGGCGUCGAGGAUAAUACCUUAGUGGUUGGCUAUCUCCAGGACAAUAAGCAGCUGAUGAUGCAUGAUGUGCGGCGGGAGGAGCGAGUGCAAACAAUGCCGGUCAACGAGGUGGUCUACGACAUCUGCCCGGUGGCUACCCAGGCCGGAUCCUAUUUGGCCGCCCUCACCGACAAUAAGUGUCGAGUUUACAAAGUGAACAGUUCCAUGCGAUGAUAUAUGUAUGUCUGCAUUAGUUUUCCGUGAAAAUACCAAAAAAAAUUUCUUUUAGCUAAUUAAUUUCUGUGAAAUAUGUGACUACUGAUAUAAACGAGCUUUUAAGCUAAGUUAUUAGUUAUAAAUUUUUCAUUAUUUCCGUUUAUUAAACAUUUGUCAACCUUAAGGUUCGCGUACAAGAUUAAUCUGAACAUAAUUCUAUAUAUAUUCUUGUUUUUGAUUCUUGAUUUCAAAUUUUGACUGCUCAAAGUCUGUUGUGGAUAAGUCUUGUAUAAAACAAUAGAAAAUGUUGGUUCGAUUAAUAAUAUACAUAUAAAGCUAUACAAAAAUGUGUUAUCCAUACAAUAUCCGAUUUAUAUAUGUAAAUGCGUAAUUAUAGAUACUCCUAAAUGAAAUGUGGAAAUGAACGAAUGUUUAAAUAGAUGUGUAAAUUCAUUCCUGACAGUCUCGAAAUGUUUGCAACACUUCAAACUUUCGGAAAAGUCCUUCGAUCCUAAACUUGCAACGAGUCUGGCAUUUCCAAGCCCAAGUAAAUGUUUAUGAAUUCGGUUUGAUUCUCUCGAGUCUUGAGUUUUGUAAAAUUCUAUCAAAAAAUGUUCGUCGUUGGUCGUUUUGCGGGUUUUUUGUUUUUUUGGUAAAUCAAAAACCUCUGUGGCAUUUACUCCUAUAAAGUUGUAUAUGGUUUGUAGUAUAGUAUAUAGAUUAGUGUGUUGGAUAGUUGAAAGACGCAGAUCUAUACUUUUUAAGUAUAAUUUUGUAUAUUUUGUGAUGUUUUAUUUGUGUUUUUGCUGUUUGUGUCUGUGUGUUUUUGUGUUCGUUAAUGUUAAGAUUAGAGAAUACGUACUCGUAUGAAUAAACGUAUGGAGUCAGCAUAA